AUGAGGAUUAUGUCAUGCUAUUUCCGACGUAUUUUAAUAACUGCAGUAUUUGUCACUCUCAUAUUCUGUGCCAUCCAAAUUUUUCGAUCCAAAUUUCCUGAUAGUGAUUCAAAUUUGAGUAAAUUAAUAUACAUAUCUCAGUUAAUUAAGGAGUCUGAGCAACCUAGUGUUGGAGGAGUAGUAGCUUGUAAAAUACCUCAGUUAGAUGUAUCUAAUCCAGAAAUCACAAAAUUUAUACACGAUGUUCCUCCGUUAUCAUGUAAACCUGAUGAUUGGGUUACGCUUAGUGGCACAACACUUGUUAUUACCAAUAAGACUAAGAAAAAGUAUGGUUCGGUGCAGAUGUAUGCACUAAUUUUAAUAUAUUUUUAUCUAGAAAUUCUUAGAGAAAGUGACUACAAUGUAUCUUUUAAGGCUGUGGUUCAAUCUAAUGAUCAUUAUGAACUUGUAGACAGUGAUUUUGUUGAUGUACAAUGUAAAUCUAAAAAUGGUGAUAAGUGGCACAGUAUUAUGGCUGGUGUAAAAAAUGAUCCUAGGGAAAAAGAAGACAACAAAUGGGACAAUGUUGCAAACAAUGCUCUUAAACUGAAUGUACUAAUGUUAGGUUUUGAUUCCUUGUCUCGAAAUACAUUUAUGCGCAAAUUGCCAAAAACAUAUCAGUACUUAAAAGACAAUCUAAGUGCUCUGGUUCUGGAAGGAUAUAAUAUAGUAGGAGAUGGUACACCACAAGCACUUAUUCCUAUUCUUACUGGAAAAAUUGAACUCGAAUUACCAGAUACAAGAAAACGUAUGGGACAGAACGCAUAUUUUGUCGAUAUAUAUCCAAUGAUAUGGAAUGAUUACAAAAAGCAAGGAUAUAUAACAGGAUUUAUGGAAGAUGUGCACCACAUUGGUACAUUUACAUAUCGUUUAAAAGGAUUUGAGGAACAACCUACUGACCAUUACAUGAGAACAUACUAUUUAGCUGCUGCUCCAUAUUUCAAGCAUUACAAUAAAUUUUGCAUUGGAGGCAUACCACGACAUAUGGUAAUGUUAAAUUAUAUUAGAGAAAUUUUCAAUGUCUAUGAACAUCAACCAAAGUUUUUGUUUGGUUUUCAUGGAGAACUUUCACAUGACUCUUAUAAUGACAUAGGAGUAGCUGAUGGAGAUUUACAUAUGUGGAUAAAAGAUUUAAAUGAAUCUGGUCACUUGAAUAACACAUUAUUAAUAUUAAUGAGUGAUCAUGGACACAGAUUUGCAGAAAUUCGCAACACUUUACAGGGUAAACAAGAAGAAAGACUUCCAUUCUUUUCUUUUAUUUUUCCUCCAUGGUUUAAAAAGACAUAUCCAAAACCGUAUGCAAACUUUUUGCAUAACACUCGUUAUUUAACAACGCCAUUCGACGUGCACAAAACAUUAGAAAAUAUAUUGAAAUUUGAUAAUCCGAAAAACGGUGAUCGUCACCAAAGAGCAAUUAGUUUAUUUGAUAAAAUACCAUUAGAAAGAACAUGUGCAGAUGCAUUUAUAGAACCACAUUGGUGUGCUUGUCUUGCUUGGCAAGAAAUAUCAAUUGAAGAUGCCAAUGUAAUCGCUGCGGCCAAACAUUUUAUAGAGUUUCUUAACAGUUAUACAGAGGAGCACCGUAAUAUAUGUGAAAAGUUGCAAUUAAAGGAAAUAUUAUGGGCCGCCAAACUUUUACCUAAUAAAGGUUAUGAAAGAGUCUUAAUUUUUACAUGGAGAGCUAUCCAAAUAGCUGCCUUCGGUUAUGUUAGGACUUGCACAUAG